AUGGUUCGCCUCGGAUCCCUGAUUCCUGGCGUCGGCUCCAGUGAUACCGACGCCCAUAGAAAAUGGCCCAAGGACCCUAAAAAUGUUGUUGCCAAUGGGCUGGACACCGGUGUAUUCAUCAAUGAGUUGUCACACCUUAAAUUACUACCAUGGGAGAUCAAUUUGAACGAAGAUGAGAAAAAGGCCUUCGACCAAAAUCCCGAGAACAUAAGCUGGAGAAAGCAGAGAGAUCAACGGCCCGAGGGAAUACAGAAAGGAACAUAUCGGGGAACUCAACUGGCAAUGAGUAAGGCUUAUGACCUUAUAGAACAGCGUUAUAUAUCCUUCAUGGAUGUAGCCAAUUUCGAACCAUUGGUUCCACCCGCUCAGACCAAAGAAGAUAAACGCGACGACUUUGCGUUCACAAAGAGCGAAGAAGAUGGUUUCCCGCCACAUCUCAAUCUUGCCGGUAAUAAAGGAGCUGCUGCGCGCGAGACAGACGAAAAUCAGAAAUCAACACUCUCACAAUUCAAAAUCUUCAAUGCCAUGCGCCUGGUUCAGUUGAGCUCAAUCUUACCCCUGGUUGUCCCUAAUGAAUUCCAUGGGCCCGAAUCCAAUCUAAAGCGCGCCGAGGGGUUUCUAGAGGAAGUUGUUGAGGACGUCGUCGAGGGAGCAGCAGGACUGAUCGGACACGCCCGGUUUGGGACGAUGGGCACACCUGAUGCGGGAACUAAGAUUGCAGACGUGGAAAACUACAACCGGACACAACGCGCGCGGGGGUCUCAUAACGAUAUAUUCGACCGUCCUAAUGUGGGUGAUCUCAAAGAUUGGUACACCGAUGCUCGGUUCGCCCAGCAACACUUUACAGGGACGAAUCCGACAACAAUAGAACGGGCUUCGGACACGUGGAUACAGCACUUUAUCAAAGCUGCAAAAGCAGAUGACGAAGCAGUCAAGAAUAUCAUCACCGAUCUGAGUAUCAGCUCCAAGAGCUCUCUAUAUAUGCAGGAUUACAGCUAUUUUCGCGAAGCGGCUGGUCUUGGCCCGGCCGACGAGAUCAAGUGUGAAUAUCACGAUCCCAAAGCCCAAAAUGGCGAAAAAAGCUAUCGUUAUGGAUGCGCGUCCGUGUGUCUUUUCCAUCUCAACGAUAAGGGCCAGCUCUAUCCGCUAGCUAUUGUCAUUGAUUGGCGGGGCAGUCUUGAAAACUCCGUGACAGUCUACAAUCGAGAAUUGAUCAAGCGGGUGGAUAUCCGGACAGGAAGCAAAAACCAGGACCGAAAGGUGAUGGCAAUUGAUGAGGCCGUUGACUGGGCUUGGAGAUAUGCCAAGAGUUGUGUGCAAUGUAGCGACUGGCUUCGACAUGAAGUCACCGCGCACCUGACACGCACUCAUUUGAUCGAAGAAGCCGUUAUAGUGGCUUGUAAUCGAAACUUCGAUCCCCACCAUCCUGUGUUCCGCAUUCUUCGUCCGCACUGGCAGAAGACCCUGGCACUAAACGCAGCAGCCCGAAGCACUCUCGUUCCCCAUAUAAUUCUUAACAUCAUCGGGUUUGAUUCGAAACAAGCACUUCAGUUCAUACGGAGUGAAUACAAAGCCUUCAACUUCAAGAAGAGCUACGUACCAAUAGAUCUCAAGGCACGAGGAUUCCCUCCAGAACAACUCAACAGCCCGAAGUUCCACAACUACGCCUACGCUAGAUGUAUCAACAGCAUGUGGAACAAGAUUAGGUCCUACGUGGAAGAUAUGCUUUCCCUAGCUUACCCCGAGCCUAACGCAGACCAAAAGGUUCUAGAUGAUAAAGACAUUCAGGAUUGGUCCGCCGAGAUGCAGAGUGCCAACGGCGCCGAUUUACCACUCUUCCCAACCAUCACCACAUUCGCCGAAUUAGUCGAUUGCGUGACAAUGUGUAUUCACAUCGCAUCACCCCAACACACAGCUGUCAACUACCUACAAGACUACUACCAGGCAUUCGUGAUCAACAAACCUCCAUCUUUUUUCACCCCGCCUCCGACCUCGCUGCAGAGUCUGCUCAACUACACAGAGGAUGACCUAGUCAAAGCCCUUCCGAUGAAUCAUCCACGAGAAUGGCUUCUUUCUUCACAUGUUCCAUACCUACUCAACUUCAAGCCGGAUCAGGAUAAAGAAACACUGAUUGCGUGCGCUCAUUCACAGUGGCUUGUUUAUCGGACGAAGGCAUCGGAUGUGGAUUUGAAGAUUACGGAGGCCAUUGGGAAGUUUUAUACGGCACUUGCUGAUACUGAGGAGGAAUUCGUGGGUUAUGCGCGUGCGACAGAUGACUAUAAGGAUAUCAAGUAUGAAGUUUUGAAUCCUGAUGGAAAUGCGGUAUCGAUUUUGAUAUAG